AUGUCAGGUACUCCUUUCGAUACCACACUUGAGUUCACCCUCGACUCCAUACCAGAGACAUUUCAAGAUGCAGUCAAAGUCACACGAGAGCUUGGGAUUCGGUAUCUCUGGAUAGACGCUCUUUGUAUUUUACAGCCAACUUUGGAAGACAGAACAGAGUGGCUAGAUGAGGGAUCCCGCAUGGGAAUCAUUUACCAGAAUGCUGUCUGUCCCAUAGCUGCUACCACAUCACUCUACGCCGACGAGGGGUUUCUGAAGAAGACUGGGCGAAGUAUCUUUCCUGGAGAACCUGUGGUCAUCUUCGGGAUAGUGCCCCUAAAGCAAUAUUAUAUUCCCUUUAGCGUUCCUCGAUUAUACGAUUGUAUACACUGCUCUCCCCUCAACGCUCGGGGUUGGGUGGUACAAGAGAGAGCUCUCUCGACUAGAAUUAUCCACUUUACCGAGCAGGGCAUAUUUUAG